GAGUCAAUGUUUAGUUUGUCCGUUCUGGGCUACUAUAGAAACAUGGCGGGUCAACAUGGCGGGCUCCGCGAAAGAGGACCCGCUAGCAUUGUCGAUAGAAAGGGCUCAUUCUAAGGUAACGAAAACACAGCAAUUCUUAUUUUCAGAGAUUUCAAAGAGCCAGCCGGGUUGCUGUGGUUACAAAAGGGACGUCUGGGCUUGCAGCUUUGCACAGAGACCGAUCUCCCUCCGCCAUCAUCGAGGAUCUUCCAAUCCCUUAAAUGCACCUCGGAGGAGACGAGGAGCGAGGACAGAAGAGGCUCCUGGAGGAGCUUAGAGCGAGGAACCACAGGACACACCUGUACCUGUUUAUGACCUGCUUAAGUGAAGUCACUGCACAACAAACACAAAAUGUCUGUCCACUUUCCAGGUCUCCAUGGUGAUGGAGGGCGCGUGGCUGAGGUCCUGUCUAUUUGGCGGCACCUGGAAGUUGCUCGACGUCCUUCUUCCUAUGUGUUAUGAAUCUAUCUGUACUUUUGUCAUUCUGUUUUCCUGUUUGUCCUGUCAGGGGGAUCCCUCCACUGUAGCUCUUCCUGAGGUUUCUUCCAAUUUUUCCCUGUUAAAGGGUAUUGUGUUCCUUCUUCUAAGUGAAAGGAGCACCGGAUAUCCGCAACAUGGGUUGUAACGGGAAGCAUGACCGCCUGAGCUACGACUUUGCAGAGUCACACUUGGAAAGGCCUGACUCCCCUCGCGUUCAGGAAUUUCCUGAUCCCUGUUCGGCUCCCUGUGAAAAUGAUCUGCAGGCUACAAAAGAGACUUACAGUCAAAGAUCGUCCCACCCACCCUCACAGCUGGCCAGCUAUUGGGAAGUUCCAGAUUCCUGGAGCAGUUUGAGAUCCUUGAGAGAUUCUCAAGGCGACAUGGCUCCCAAAGACAUCAUGACCAACUCCCAUGCCAAAUCCAUCCUUAAUGCGAUGAACUCACUACGCAAGAGCAACACACUCUGCGAUAUCACUCUGAGGGUGGAGAACACAGAUUUUCCAGCUCACCGGAUUGUCUUGGCUGCCUGCAGCGACUACUUUUGUGCCAUGUUCACCAGUGAGCUUGCAGAAAAGGGAAAAUCUUUCGUCGACAUUCAGGGGCUCACAGCAUCAACUAUGGAGAUCCUGUUGGAUUUCGUCUACACCGAGACUGUGCUAGUUACCGUGGAAAAUGUACAAGAACUGCUCCCUGCAGCAUGUUUGCUUCAGCUCAAAGGGGUAAAAAGAGCGUGUUGUGAUUUUUUGGAGAGUCAGCUUGAUCCCACCAACUGUCUGGGUAUUCGGGACUUUGCUGAAACUCACAAUUGCCUUGACCUGAUGCAGGCGGCUGAGCUCUUUUCCCAGAAGCAUUUCUCCGAGGUGGUCCAGCAUGAGGAGUUCAUGCUGCUCAGCCAGACAGAAGUCGAAAAGCUUAUAAAAUGUGAUGAAAUCCAGGUGGACUCGGAGGAGCCGGUAUUUGAAGCAGUGUUAAACUGGGUCAAACACAACCGAAAAGAGAGAGAGCCCUAUCUGCCAGACAUGCUCGAGUUUGUUCGGAUGCCGCUGCUGACCCCCCGCUAUAUUACAGAUGUCAUUGAUGUUGAGCCCCUCAUUCGGUGUAGCCUGCCAUGUCGAGACCUUGUUGAUGAGGCCAAGAAAUUCCACUUAAGACCGGAGCUGAGGAGUGAGAUGCAGGGUCCACGCACACAAGCCAGAUUAGGUGCCAAAGAAGUCCUGCUGGUUAUAGGUGGGUUUGGCAGCCAACAAUCACCAAUAGACAUAGUUGAGAAAUAUGAUCCAAAAACUCAAGAAUGGAGCUUUCUUCCUAACAUUGCACGGAAAAGGCGUUACGUCGCCACAGUGUCGCUCCACGAUCGGGUUUAUGUGAUCGGGGGCUACGACGGUCGGUCGAGGCUCAGCUCUGUGGAGUGCCUGGACUACACGGCGGACGAGGACGGUGUUUGGUACACUGUCGCUACCAUGAAUGUACGUCGUGGCCUCGCUGGGGCCACAACACUCGGAGAUAUGAUCUAUGUUGCCGGUGGCUUCGACGGCAGCCGGCGCCAUACCAGCAUGGAGCGAUACGACCCAAACAUUGACCAGUGGAGCAUGCUGGGAGACAUGCAGACUGCAAGAGAAGGGGCUGGUCUGGUGGUGGCCAGUGGACUCAUAUACUGUCUAGGUGGAUACGAUGGCCUGAAUAUACUGAAUUCAGUGGAGCGGUAUGACCCUCACACAGGCCACUGGACCAGUGUCACACCAAUGGCCACUAAGCGGUCAGGUGCUGGUGUGGCUUUACUCAACGACCACAUCUAUGUAGUAGGAGGCUUUGAUGGUGUUUCGCACCUCGACUCUGUUGAGGUCUACAACAUCAGAACAGACUAUUGGACCACUGUAGCCAGUAUGACCACUCCUCGAUGUUACGUAGGAGCAACCGUUCUCCGAGGACGUCUCUACGCCAUCGCCGGAUACGAUGGGAACUCUCUUCUCAGCAGUAUCGAAUGUUACGAUCCAGUUAUCGACUCGUGGGAGGUUGUUACCUCCAUGGCGACGCAACGGUGUGACGCAGGCGUCUGUGUUCUACGAGAAAAGUGAUCUUUUGCCAAGAAAAUGAACCACAAGAGGAAAAGCAGCAAGGAGGACAGGCAGCUAGACUUUGAUAAAAAUGCUACUAAAACAGAGCCAACAAAGGGAGAUGUUUGUUUGUUCGCCAGUAUGCAAAUAGGAACUCUCAAAAAAGAAAAAAGAAAAAAACCCUCUUGAAUGCAGCCGUUCGGGCUGCCUCCUCCGCUGGAUGGUUAACCCUUCACCACUUGGACUGCGCAACAGAGAUUAAGCUUCGCCGCGGUAGACUUCUUCUCAAAAUGAGGCCUCCGAGGAGUCCAUCACCACUUGCAUGACUCUCUUCAGUGGUCCUUGUUGCUGUCGUUACCUGUGAGAUUAUUUUUUCAGUUUGUCUUCAAAGUGCAAUAUAUUUCUACUCAUCACAAGAAAACAGAAAAGAUGGAGCAGAUUUAGACUCCAGUUGCUGCUAUAUGCCUUAUAUGACUUUGGCCUACAUCGAACAGUGAACAUCCAUGUUGCCUCCCAUUUGACUUUGACGAUAGUUGCAUCGGCUUGUUAUCGAGUGUACUCACGUGGCAUUUGCGAGGUCAUUAAUGGGUCAGUAAUUCAGCCCCUUUUUGUAAUUCUUCCUGUAAACAGUGCUUUUACAUUCAAAUCACUUUAUUACAAAAGAUUUAUUACUUAUUGUUGCUCUCAGAAUAUAUAUUUAGAGAUGAAUAUUGUUUUAGAAAAUGACUGAAUUGUAACAGUUAAGUCUGAUUAUUUUGUCCCAUUAUUUGGCAAAACUGAAAAAAUCACAAAGUAAUAAAUGAGGUGCAUGUGAUUUUUUUUUUUUUUUUUUUUUUUUUCUUCAGCUUAUAAGUUUGGACAUCAUGUACAUGUAGGACACAAAGUCCUGCCAUCACUGUUGCCUGGGAAGUGAAUAAACACACUGAGAACUGA